AUGGCCGACGCCGACAAGCCCAUCGCUACCACUAGCGAGAAUGUUGUUGAGAAGCCGCGGAGACGCGGAUGUGUAGGACACUGCGUCAGAUUCUGGUGGGUGUACUUGAUCGUCCUCAUCGUUCUUACUGUCAUUCUUGUGCCAGUCAUUCUCCUGGUCGCCGUUCCCAAGAUUGCUCAGUCCAAGCUUGAUGACGCCGAGCUCAUUAUCAACGGCAUCACUGUCACCGAUACCCAGACCAAGAAGAUGACCAUGUCUAUCGACAGCACCAUCAAGAGUGAUGGCAAGGUUCACGCCACCAUUGAGCCCUUCCUCGGGGUCAUGUACCUCGAGGAUAUCCCUUCGCACAUUCCUUUCGCCAGCAUCAACUUCCCCGAGACCACCAGCGAGGCGCUUCAGCAGGUCAAGGUUACCCAGACCCUCGAGAUCAAGGAUGUGGAUGCCCUGACCACCUUCAACACAUGGCUGCUCGCCAACGAGACCCUCAGAGUGACCGUCUUUGGUGAGACUGGUAUUCACGUCAAGGGCAUCUCUAGACGCUAUCCCGUUACUUUCAAGAAGACCAUCGAGAUGCCCGGCCUCCAGAUGCUUCGGGGCACUUCUGUCAACGAGACCACGAUCAACCUCGAUCCCGUGAAUAACUUCAACGCAACAACCUGGAUUCCCAACCGCUCUCUUGUGUCUUUCGAACUUGGCAAUGCCACCUUCCACAACUACCUUGACGGCAAGGAGAUUGGUACCGUCUAUAUUGACAACCUCUUCCUCAAAGCCGGCGAGGUCACCAAGGCCGACAUGCGCGCCACCAUUGAGAAUGCACCCGUAAUUGAGGCCCUCGGAAAGUCUCCCGCUUGCGACAAGGACAAUGGAUGGCUCGACUUCGAAAUUCGUGGCAAGACCGUCAACAACAAGGGCCAAGACCUUCCCUACUUCGCCAAGGCUUUGGCUGCAGACACCCAGACCAUUCCUAUCGAUAUCGGCGGCACGAUUCAGCGGUCUUUGGGUCUCACUAUUCCCUGCGGCGGCCUCGACGGCGGUGAUCAUUCUGAUUAA